CGCCAUAGUACGGUUCGUAAUUACGCGACCCUCCCACACUCUCAUUCUCCGUUCAUCGGCUGUCCUCAGCAUCCCCUCUGUGAUGAUGGCGUGUGUGGAUGCUGCUGAUGCGGCGGUGCCUGGGGCCUAACCCACCGGUUACCGGGAAACCCGAGAGACGAAGACGUGAGGGGCUGGGCAGUAUGAGCCUUUCCUUUAACGACCGGUUACCGGAUCACUACUGUAUCUCAUGUCAGUUUGUUUGCGCGCGUGAAACCGAGGAAUGAAGUACUGCAACCAUGAUGCAAGGACUGAAAAAGCGUACCCGAAAGGCCUUCGGGAUACGGAAGAAAGAAAAGGACAGUGACUCCACCGGAUCACCAGACAAAGAAAAAUCUAAAAAAGCCAAUGGUGCACCUAAUGGUUUUUACGGUGAGAUCGACUGGGAUCGAUAUAACUCUCCUGAUGUGGAUGAUGAAGGGUACAGUGUUAAACCUGGAGAACAAGGGGGAACAGCUCCAAAAGUCAAGACGUACUUCUCCUCUAGUGAGUCAGAGGGAGAGGGAGAGGAGGAGCAUGGGAAGAAAUUUAAGAUCAAGAUAAAGCCAUUGACGGCAAACAGUGGAAACUGCACAGUAUCUACUAUGGAUGAGCUGAAGGCCUCAGUGGGGACGCUGGCCAUCUCUCCUUCCCCUCUGAGAAAGAGUCCGAGACGAAGUCCAUGCCCGAUGAAACGAAACCUGUCAAGUGAGGAGAUUGCCAGACCAAGACGAUCUACUCCAACACCCACGACAACCCCAGGGCCUGGUUCGGACCCACCCAGAGAAAACACGACAGCGUUCUUCGGCCCACCGUUCGAGACCAAUUUUGAAGCACACAACUCAGAAGUGUUCCUGGUUGAGCCGGAGCUCUGGUGUCAGGCCGCUUCUCUCUCCACCCGUGUUCUGAGCAGAUCUCUGCCCACUGCAGUUCCGCCUCCACUUCCUCCAAAGAACAUUCCUGUCACCUCACCUGGACGUAGCUCUAGCUCUGUAGAAUCUUCCGGCAACAUCACGAAAGUGUGUUUCACAUCAAUGAAAGUGUGCACUCUGAAGGCGUGUUUUUGCAGUUAUUAUAGUGUGGUUCCUAGUGUCAGAGGAGAUGGAUCAUCUUCGGCCUAUCAGGAUUCCCCAUCAUCUGCCCCGGCCGCAGGGGCAUCUAUGCCUGACUUGGAUAGUGUUUUUGGGCCUGUAGAGACGCCCAGGUCUGGAUCAGAUGUGGUGCAGUGCAGUUGGGUGAGCUUCAGCGAGGGCUCUCCCGCCAGACCUCCUCCACCAGACGAACCUGCCCCUUCCCCACCUCUGUCCUCUUCCCCUGCGGACUCGCCCCCGACCUCGCCUCUCAACCUGCCACCUCCCGCCUCACCCCCUCCGCCCCUCCACUCCAUCCCGCCUCCAGAUUCACCUCCACCACCACCGCCCUCAGACUCUCCUCUGAGCCCCCUGGACCUUCCCUGCUGCUUUCAGCUCCCAGAGUCUGAGCCGGCCCAAGAGUCUCCCGUCACCCCUGCCAGCCCUGGACUGCCCUUCCUGCCAGCGGACCACCCUACACAUGGAGCCAUACCUUCCCCUCUCACCUUGAGAGACGACAGCAGAAGAACCCCUGACCUGGCGAGCAUGAGGGACGAGUUUACUGUGUUUAGCACAUCACCCAAAGACAUUGCAGCAGGAAGCUUCAGAGGAACCCCACCUCCACUGCCCCCACCUACUUACAGGAGUGUGGUGGGCUCCCCGGGGCCCGGCAGUGGGCCGUCUUCUCCCGCACGUGCUGGCACUCCACUGUCUGCUGGCAGCCCCAUCCCGCCUCUACCACCAAGACCAUCGUCACGACCGAAACUACCACCUGGAAAACCAAACCUAGCAGAUCUGGCCCGUCCCUUCAGCCCCCCAAUCCACUCCUGGAGUCCUCCACCCUUUGCUCCUCUGGCCAGAGCUGAGAGCACCUCCUCCAUCUCCUCUGUUACGUCUCUGAGUGCAGCCUCCACACCUACACUAGGCCGAGAACUGAACCUCUCUGUGUCAGCAUGUUCUAGAGGUCCAAGUCCUCUCACAAUGGGACCCCAAGACACUCUACCAGUGGCAGCCGCCUUCACAGAGACCAUCAGCGCCUACUUUAAAGGAGCAGAUCCCACUAAGUGUUUGGUGAAGAUCACCGGUGAGAUGGUGCUGUCUUUCCCAGCAGGGAUCACCAGACACUUCUCCACCCAGCCUAGUCCACCAGUGCUGACCUUCACCAUCAGCCAGUACAGUCGGCUGGAGCAGGUCCUUCCCAACCCACAGCUUCUGUGCUGCGACACCACACCACCUACAGGUGAAUUGAAGGAGUUCUGGGUAAAUAUGCCAAACUUGUUGAGUCACCUGAAGAAAGUGGCUGAGCAGAGGCCACAGGCCACAUAUUACAACGUGGACAUGCUGAAGUACCAGGUGUCCACUCAAGGGAUCCAGUCCACGCCGCUGAAUCUUGCGGUGAGCUGGCGUGGUGAUGCCAGCAGCACAGACCUCAGGAUAGACUAUAAAUACAACACAGAGGCCAUGCCCACACCCACACCACUCACCAACAUCCACUUCAUGGCAGCUGUGGAUGGCGGCGUGACCAAACUGCAGGCCAUGCUCCCACCUGCCACCUGGAACCCAGAGACGCAGAAAAUUGCGUGGAAGAUCCCAGAGCUCUCACAGAGGUCUGAAAAUGGAGGGGUUGGCGCUCUCCUGGCUCGCUUCCAGUUAGCCGAGGGUCCCAGUAGACCAUCGCAGCUGGCAGUGCAGUUCACCAGUGAGGGCAGCACUCUGUCUGGCUGUGAUUUUCAACUUGUAGGUUCAGGCUACAGACUAUCCUUGGUUAAAAAAAGGUUUUCUGCAGGUAAAUAUCUGGCAGACAACUGACCUGGCCGCAGUGACGACCUACUGGAUGGGCUGUGAGUGGGACGUUAGGAUGCUCUUUUGGCACUACAAAGACUUUCAAAAAUUGUUUUUAUCGAAAUUCCAGAAGUACAGCACUCAAAAUCUCACUUAUAAUGUCUGGUGUAGAAUAUCAUCAGUGCGUUCUGUGGGUGUGUGUGUAUGUGAAUAUUAGCAAAUAUUUUGUGUGUAUAUGAUAAAACUUCAGGACAAAUGCAAUACGUGGACUUUUUCCGCUGGGUUCUUGCAGAAGGCAGUUUCCUUUUUCACUUGUUGCACAUUCUCUCUUUGACCCAAACCAAACACUCCUAGUGACAUUACAAUGUAAUGAUACCAGGGUUCACAUAUAGGAACACACAUGUCAGCAGUGUUUGGUUUUCUUUUAGUUAUUUUGACAGAUUCUAAACAAUUUGAUUUAACUAACAUAAAGUCUCAAUUCCCAAACAAUGCUACAGAUAACACUUUACAAUGAGAUUCAGUUUGUUAACAUUAGUUGAUAUGUUAAGCCCGAGACACACCUAGCCAAUAAUCGGCUGUCGAGCAAUGUUGGGUCGUUUUUGAUUGUCGGUCGGCUUAGUUUUUUGUUGGAUCUAGUCGGAUGCCAUCAGGGUUUGUUUUUUUGUUUUUUUUUGAGGAGGGAGGGCGGGGUGAGGAGCGAGGGCAAUUCAGCAUGUUGAAUCGGCGUCAGCACCGUCGAUGUGAGAGAGAACUCUGAUUGCCUGUUCAGCUUAGUGAACGAGAAUCAGUGCACGAGAAUAAAAGCAAAAGUGAUGAACGUGAGCAAAGAAGUCGAGACGGUAAGGACAGAAGGCUGUUAGAUCAUCUUACCCGAGCAUUCCAAUGCGUGAAAAUGUUCAUAAUAACAUGAGCCGACUUGAAUGAAGAAGAGGAUCAGCGUGAUUGAUCUUUAAAAUGGUAAGCAAGCGCUGCUUUGUUUACAGUUUGUACGUUAUAUCUGCAGUCCUGUUUUCGGUUUCCCUUUUUGAAUGAUGAAAAUAGACUAUUGAUGCCUGCUGAUGUAGAGUUAUUUCCUUACAUACAGGCGCAGAAUGCAUGUGCUAGUUAACAGUCACUAGUAGUCCUUUUGGUGUGUUCAAGCGCAGCUGUUUGGCCGAUACGCAGCCGACGUGAGGCGACAACACAGCUUUUAGCUUUCGUUGCCACUAUUUCUUUGACAUCGGCUUGGUGUGUCCCGGGCUUUAGGUAUAUCAUGAACUAACAACAAUAUUGUUACAGCCUUUUUUAAUCUAGGUUAAUGGUAAUUUCUGCAUAUACACUACCAUUCAAAAGUUCAAAAUUUAUUUUUUUAAAGGAAUUAAUACUUUAAUUCAGCAAGGAUGCAUUAAAUUGACCAAAAGUGACAGUAAAGACAUUUAUGUUGUGAUUUCUAUUUCAAAUAAAUGCUGUUCUUUUGAACUCUCUAUUCAUCAAAGAAUCCUAAAAAAUGAUCAUGGUUUCCACAAAAAUAUUAAGCAACACAACUGUUUUCAAUUGAUAAUAAUAAUAAUAUAAAUAAUAAAUGUUUCUUGAGCAGCAAAUCAGCAUAUUGGAAUGAUUUCUGAAGGAUCAUGUGACACUGAAGACUGGAGUAAUGAUGCUGAAAAUUCAGCUUUGACAUCACAGGAAUAAAUUACAUUUUAAAAUAUAUUCAAAUAGAAAAGAGUUCUUUUAAAUUGUAAUAAUAUUUCACAAUAUUACAGUUUUUACUGUAUUUUUGAUAAAAUAAAUGUACCCUUAGUGAGCAUAAGAGACUUCUUUCAAAAUCAUUUUUAAAAAAUCAUACUGACCCCACACAUUGUGAGCAGAAAAAAUAACUAAUGUAUUAUGAACAAAUAUGAAUUAACUAUAAUAGUAAAUUUAUGAAUUAACAUAUUAAUCAUGCCUAGAUUAAUAAUGGUGUUAAUAAUGUUGUUCAUUAUUAGUUUAUGAUGCCUAAACCAUCAACUGACGUUAGUGAAUUAACCCUUAUUGUAAAAUGAUGUGAAAUACAGAGACAUGCUUCCACACAGAAUAAUCUGUUCCGUAUCAUCUUGCGUCAGUGUUAAUGUUGAUUUGAUGUUAUUGGUGAAGGCAUGUUAGGAUGCAUCACUGUCUAGUUGGCCUGUAGCCCUUUUGUUAAAUUAAGUGCUUAAACAUGGAUUUGACUAUGACAUUCAUAAUUAAUGCAAAAAGUGAUGCCUACUUAAUUUUUUUUUUCUCAGUUUCUUUAAAACAUUUAUUUAUUUAGACAUUUUAGGAAAAUGAAACUCCAUUUGUGUCAGGGAUGCAGAAUUCCUUAUGGUGAAAUAAAUUUAAGGAAUUGGUCAAAUAUAACCUAUUUUCCUUUUGGUUUUCCACAAUGUGGAUUUUAUUUUCCCAAAACAUUGUACUGUAGCAAUAUUUAAAGAUAAUGUGUAAAAAUGUAAGAUAGAAAUUGUUAAACAUGUAUCCAAAUGGAUAUGAUUUCUAUGUCUUGUCAUAGAACAGAUUUCAUGUCAGUUUAUUGUUAGUAUUUAAAGUUCAUGGUGGCACUUUAUUUUUAUUUAUUAAUGUUUAAAAUUCAUUUAAUUUAUUUUAUGCCUAGUUCUGUGGUUUGUAAUGGAUUCCGAACAAUCACUAGACUGUUUUAUUGUUCAAAAAAGGGAAAGAAACAGCAUUUUAUUGGACUAGUACAGAAGAACAUUUAUCACAUUCUUUCAUUUAUCACUUCCUUUACUGUAUUGUGUUGUCAACUCACAUAUUUUGGUAAGUAAGGAAAUGCUCAUCUUUUUUCUACAUGUUUUUUGUUUGCUGAGACUUUGUCACAAGACUCAUACAAUGUGGAUCAUUGCCUUUAAAACUGUGAGAUUAUCCAUUCAAGUGUGUAGAAACUUUCACUAGAAAAGCCUCAAAUAUCUCUAGUCAUAGAGAUAUAGUUUGGGAAUAUACACAAUGUUCCUGGAUAACCUUCAGUUAUGUGCUUUGGCUAAUCUGGUUUUAGUUAAGUGACACAUUAUUUCUGCCAUUAAUUAAGUUUACUUUAUUUCAGUGGUUUGGAGGCCUUACCUGACCUUAAAAGUGGAGGGAUGGAUAGACAACUGCUGCUUGCGGAUGGUUCAUUCUAGUUAAAACAUGAUCCAUCUCUCAUUUUAUAAAAUAUGUAUUUAUUACUUUUUAUCCCACUGAUGUUGUGGUAUUGUGUUUGUCAGCUAACUUGCAUCUUGUUCAUUCAUUGUUCAGAAAAUGGAAUAUGCAAACAUUUCAUGCAUAGAAUAAACUCUCCCCAGAUUUUAAGAGAAUAUAGAGACUGAAAAUGCUAAAUAUAUCAAAAGUGAAAAUAAUGUAAUGUCUUGGAAAUAAAAUCAAGAAAUUCAUGUUUAACA